UGGGGCAAAAAAAAAGAAGAAAACUUAAACGUCUGUGACGGAGAGAGAACGAGCAGGACCGCCUGAAAGUGCACUAAAUUUAGUCUGAACCUAACCGCUGCCUGCUUAGUUAUUGCUGCCUGUGUAAUUUAACUUUUUUUUGUUUUUGUUUUUUUGUAUUUAUGGAAGUGUGUCGGAGCAGCUAGGGGUUGGAGCUGCAGAAAACAUAUUUACAAAAAUAAUGUUGACAGGAGUCGCACCAUCGACCCCCACGUUUGCUUUUAUCCUGGACUGCUGAGCUUUCUGGAUCGCUGUUUUUCUUCUUCCUCAUCAAUCAGCUGAGGUGCUGUUUGGGGUGAGGUUCAAUCGGCUGUGAAAAAGGACUUUAUAUGUUGUCCUCAAAUGAACAAGGGCACCGAGAAGUAGCCGAGUCCUCAAAUCGCUUGAUUUAACCUGCAAGCAGGUGAGGUACCUUCCUGUGUGCAUGUGUUUACCAGCUCUGAUGGUAGCAGUGAGAACACCUCACCUGUGAGAGGAUCCGAGCGCCUCACCAUGACAGAGGUCCAGGGUACGUGGCCACAGGGCACAGAGUGCGUGGCAAGGUACAACUUCAAAGGCACAUCGGAGCAGGAUCUGCCGUUCAACAAAGGAGACGUGCUGACGAUCAUUGUGGUCACAAAAGAUCCAAACUGGUACCAUGCUAAAAAUACGGCAGGCCGAGAGGGAACGAUCCCAGCUAACUACGUUCAGAAAAGAGAAGGUGUGAAAUCUGGGGGCAAGCUGAGUCUGAUGCCAUGGUUUCACGGGAAGAUAACCCGAGACCAGGCCGAGCGGCUGCUUCACCCUCCUGAGACAGGCCUGUUCUUGGUGCGAGAGAGCACCAACUUCCCCGGUGACUACACUCUGUGCGUGAGCUGCGACGGGAAGGUGGAGCACUACCGCAUCAUCUACAAAAACGGCAAGCUCACUAUUGACGAGGAGGCCUAUUUCGAGAACCUCAUGCAACUUGUUGAGCACUACACCAAAGAUGCAGACGGCCUGUGCACCAAGCUCAUCAAGCCCAAGCUAGAGGAGGGGACCGUGGCUGCUCAGGAUGAGUUCUCCAGGAGUGGAUGGUCGAUGAACAGAAAAGACUUAAAGCUGCAGCAGGUUAUUGGAAAAGGAGAAUUUGGAGAUGUCAUGGUGGGAGACUACAGAGGGACAAAAGUAGCUGUGAAGUGCAUCAAAAACGAUGCUACAGCUCAGGCUUUUAUUGCAGAAGCCUCUGUCAUGACGCAACUACGACACGAUAAUCUGGUACAGCUGCUUGGUGUGAUUGUCGAAGAGAAUGGAAGUCUUUUUAUAGUUACUGAGUAUAUGGCCAAGGGCUGUUUAGUUGACUACCUGCGAUCCAGAGGCCGUACAGUACUUGGUGGAGAUGCACUCCUUAAUUUCGCUUUAGAUGUCUGUGACGCCAUGGCUUAUCUGGAGACCAACAACUUUGUGCACCGAGAUCUAGCAGCCAGAAAUGUACUUGUGUCAGAUGACAACAUCGCCAAAGUCAGUGACUUCGGUUUGACCAAAGAGGCUUCCUCUACUCAGGAUACCGCCAAGCUGCCUGUGAAAUGGACAGCACCAGAAGCCCUCAGAGAAAAGAAAUUUUCCACCAAGUCAGACGUAUGGAGCUACGGUAUUUUACUUUGGGAGAUUUACUCUUUUGGCCGAGUCCCCUACCCAAGAAUUCCGUUAAAAGAUGUGGUGCCGCGAGUGGAGAAGGGCUACAAAAUGGACUGUCCAGACGGCUGUCCCGAAGUGGUGUAUAACAUCAUGAAGCAGUGCUGGAACCUCGAUCCAGCAGCACGACCAAGCUUUCAGAUGCUGAGAGAGUGGCUACAGCAUAUUAGUCACAAGAAAUGAUCGUCUGCUUUCCGUUUCGACUCCUCAGAGCAAGGACUGCUAUUUCUGUUCAAUGCCAAAGCAGUUUAUUUUUUAUGUUCCUGAAAAGUACAACUGUCCAAACAUUUGCUUGUUAUUCGCCAUGGCUCAUAUCAGAUUGUGUCACUUGCAGCAACUUUCAAAGGCUGAAGUGGUGUCUUUCCACACUUUAUCUGGAGUGAAAUGAUAACUUUCUUACCAUCAAAUCCUUCCCUAAAACCGCACUGACUGUUGCCAAAGUGCCUUAACAUGUUUUCAUUUUAUGUUUUUUCUGUUUGUUUUUUUGACAUCCCUCAUCAUAUUGGUGCCAUCAUUUAAGUGUGUCAACUUGUCAACCGAGACGAGGAGAAAAUACACUUUUAAGUAGGAUUUUGUUUAUUAUUGCUUGAUGUAUUAUUAUUAUUAUUGUUAUUUUUAUUUUUCAAACCUCCAGGUACAAGUUAUUUUUUUGAUGUUGAAUUGUUCUGUCUAAAGAGCUAAACUCAAAUGACCGUUAGAAGCAGCUUUAUUUGUCUGAUAAUGUUGAAUACAUAAUGACCAUUGGUUUAUCUAUGACAAAAAAAAACGAAGCUCUUACGAGACACUUCUGUGCCGGCAUAAAGAGUUCAGUGCAGAAAUUGAAAUCUGACAUCAAAGAAUGUUAUUGUGAAUUGUGAAUUUUUGGGGGACUCAAACUUUUGAUUUUGAAUGGUAACUGAUGUAGUUUGCUGCCAUUUUCAACAAUUAAAAACACACUGUUUUAAAAUGUUU